CGACUCCAGGCCCAAGAAUAGUGGACGGACGCUCUAUGGCAAGGUGUUCCGAAGAAGAGGUUAGAACUAAUCGACGCGUAUGACUUGUACGGUUCACGGAACCGCUUGAAAACGGGGUGCCAAAAUUCGAAAUAAUAAUAAAAAAAUUAAAUUGUGACCCGACGUACGUUAUGUUUGAAUCAGUGGCCGCGGUACCGAGGAAUGUGGUCGGUUCCGAAACAAGUGGUUGUUCUUUUGUACCGAUGUGAUGGUGUGAAACAGUGAUCCCGGUAUAAAUGCUUACUUUGCUGAAUUGUGCGUGAAUCUGGUGGUCGACUAACAUGGAUAACAUCGCCAACAACAAUCUUGCGUCGAACUUGCCGGAGGAAAGAGGAUGGGAGUACAAACAAAUAUGUGUUACAAGAGUGCCUGGUUAUGGCUUUGGUAUAGCAGUUUCUGGCGGUAGAGACAACCCACAUUUUGCUUCUGGUGAUCCUAGUAUAGCAGUUAGUGAUGUUUUAGCAUCUGGGCCCGCUGAAAGAUUAUUGCAGGUUAAUGAUAGAAUCAUAUCUGUUAAUGGAAUAUCGUUGCAAAACGUGGACUAUGCAACCGCUGUACAAGUCCUACGUGAUUCCGGGGAUACUGUAACGCUGGUGAUAAAAAGACGAACUCUACAACACACUCAUAGUCACAGUGCUUCAUACUCGGGACCUCCAUUAGCAGCCCUUGGAGUUAACCCGUUACCUUCAAAAGUUACUUUAACUAAGAAUUCUAAAAAAGAAGAUUUUGGAAUUGUUCUUGGUUGCAAAUUGUUUAUUAAGGAGAUUUCCUCGAAGGCAAGGGACCAACUACUUAACACUAACCAAGUGCUAAUAGAAGGGGACUUCAUAACGAAGCUGAAUAAUACCAAUUGCAAUGACCUGAUGUCCCUGAAGGAAGCAAAAAAAAUUAUAGAUAGUACCAAGGACAAAUUGCAUAUUACAGUAGCUAGAGAUUUUGGUUACAAUUCCACUAUCUCGCAUCAAACACAAAGCUCUAUUAGCACGACAGGUGCGGUUAACAAUUUUUAUAAAGGAGAUGAUUUUCUUACAUCAGGUCACCAAAGUUAUUCUAAUCAAAACUUAUAUGUACAACCACCAACCAGAAAUACAAAUAUUAAUCAAAAUGGAGGUUUUGAAGACAAAGUUGAUCCAAAUAGCGGACCCAAUUCACUGCCCGACGAAAAAAGUAAUUUGGCACCAAGAGGAAGAUCUCGUGGGCCACUGUCAGAGGCAAACAUGAAUCAAUUGGAUAACAGGAAUAAUAUGGGUAGCUAUGGCAGAUCAAAAGGUAGAGACGAACCGCCUAGGCCUCCUCCACCAAGAGCAGAAGAUUACUAUAGCUCCAGGAGGCAAAUCUACGAGGAUGAUCCAAUAGUACAAAAGAAUAAGCAACCUAUUCCGGAUGCGCGAUUUAUAACAUUCCACAAAGAAGGAUCAGUUGGAAUUAGACUGACAGGAGGAAAUUUCGUGGGUAUUUUCGUGACGGCAGUUCAACCAGGUAGUCCUGCUUCUUUACAAGGUCUGCAACCUGGAGAUAAAAUCUUAAAAGUUAACGACAUGGACAUGACUGGUGUUACGCGAGAAGAAGCUGUGUUGUUUCUCUUAAGUCUGCAAGAUAGAAUAGAACUUAUUGUUCAGUUUUGCAAAGAGGAGUAUGAUAAUAUUGUUGCAUCUCAAAAAGGAGACAGCUUUUAUAUUAAAACUCAUUUUCAUUAUGAGAACCCUGCUAAAGGAGAAAUGUCAUUCAGAUCUGGAGAUACAUUCCACGUAAUUGACACUCUUUACAAUGGAGUAGUUGGUUGUUGGCAAGUGUUUAGAAUAGGACGUAAUAAUCAAGAAGUACAGAAAGGAAUUAUACCAAACAAAUCCAGAGCUGAAGAAUUAGCAACUGCUCAGUUCAAUGCAACCAAAAAGGAAAUGUCUGCAAAUGAAUCUCGUGGCAGUUUCUUUAAGAGAAGACGGAGCUCUAAUAGAAGAUCCAAAAGCUUAGGAAAAGAACAUUGGGAUGACAUUUUAUUCUCAGACACAGUAUCCAAAUUUCCAGCUUAUGAAAGGGUCUUAUUAAAACAUCCUGGCUUUACCAGACCUGUGAUAUUAUUUGGUCCAAUAGCAGACAUAGCACGUGAAAAACUAUUAAAGGAUUUUCCUGAUAAAUUUAUAUCACCACAAUUAGAUAAUUCAAUGGAAGAAAAUAAUGUAAAGGCAAAGACAUCAUCAAAUAUUAUUCGGCUUUCUGCUAUUAGAGAUGUUAUAUCCACUGGAAAGCAUGCUUUGUUGGACAUUACACCAAAUGCAGUUGAGAGGUUAAAUUAUGCACAAAUGUACCCUAUUGUUGUGUUUUUCAAAGCUGAAACUAAAAUUGUAAUUAAACAAUUAAGGCAAGGACUUCCAAAAUCAGCCCAUAAGAGCUCCAAAAAGCUGUUGGAACAGUGCCAGAAACUAGAUAAAGUUUGGAAUCACGUAUUUAGUUCUACCAUUACUCUGAAUGAUAAUACAGAUACAUGGUACAGGAAAGUAAGGGAAAUUAUUGAUAAACAACAAACUGGUGCGUUGUGGAUGAGUGAAAGCAAGCUUGAUUGGGAUAUGUUUUCGGACAUCUAUUAUCCUCAAAUUGUUUUAAAACCAAAAACUACAAACUCAUUGCCAAAUCGUUACCGACCUUCUAGAAGUCGUUCUAGAAGAACACCUUUGUCAAUGUACAGUUCACCUCAGUUCAUACAUAGAACUACUCCAUUUCUAGAUCAAGACAAUUUCAAUUUAAAGUCAAUACCAAGUCAAAGCAGCUUAAAUAGCUGCACAUAUCAAAAUCUUCAAAACUAUCCUGAAGAAUCACUAUCAGAUGAUUUCCUGUUCCCCAUGUCUUCCUUGCGAUUAUCAUACGCAAGUUCACCUGAAAGUGAUCUGGAGCAUAGUCCAGGUCCUCCUGUAUCUCCUGGGAUAUCUGGAAGUAAUUCAAUAGUGCCGGGACGGUUAACCAAAGCAAGCUCAGAUCCCAGUGUUGUUAUGCCUGACAGUCCUAAUGACGUUCUACCACCAUACCAGCCCAACUAUGAUUCUCGUUAUGGCUUUAAUAAUGCUCAACAGUCACAAAAUCUAAAUGAAAAUCAAACUUCACCACCAGAUACUCCUUUAACAAAGGAUCCUAGUUAUACUUUGUCGAAUCCAGACAUUCCCUCUUCAGUAGAACAACAAAUUCCUUACAAUAAAAGUAGUUUAUAUGGUGAAAACUAUAAAGCGGAAUUCAACAAAAUGGAUACAAGAAAUGAUUUUGGGCCUUUAAAUGGGCGAGAUUAUAACUCACCGGAAAGAAGGCAAGAGUUUAACGGAGAUGGUGGAAGAAAUCUUCAACAUAAAAGGCAAGGAAGUAGUUUAUUGGGUCCUUACAGUCAUUCCAAAGGUCAUAGCUUAAGUGAACAAAGCCCAGCUAAAGAAGCUGUUUAUGGAACUGCUCCAGAUUUACCACCACGUGUCGAUAGAGCAGCUAAACCAAUGGGUCUAUUGACAACUACUAACAAAAUUCCAAAUGGGAGGUCAGCCCAUGAACGACUAUUUGGUACUAAACCAAAUACGACUAAUGAAAGUACAGAUCAAAACGCGAAUGAAAGUGGCAAUUUCAACAAAGUUGGUUCGCUCGAUCGUAGUCAGAAUUCCAAAUCGGAUUCACUGUCAAGUUACGAUUCAUUUAAUAAACAGCAGUCUAAUAGAAUAGGACCUAAUGCCCAUGACGAUUUGAAAACAACACUGUCCAAAAUUGAAACUGCUACAAUAAGUAACCAAAACAGUCCUUCCAAAUAUGGAUCUGGUCAACGAUGGGAACAAAAUUCACAUAGACAUGGUUCGAAAAUGGACUUGAAAUAUGGUUUGCCAAGUGGAUCCGAACAUACUUUAGAUAGUAGUCCGAGAAACUCUAGAGAAAUGGAAAAAGAAGGUAGUCCAAUGGACGCGGCAACACCAAGAGGUUCUGUCGAGCGGGAUAUGUACAGAUAUCCCAGGUCGCCGGCUAAACAUGGUGCCCCCAGAGAAACUAAAACUGAUUAUGGCAAAUAUAGUCGGAAUAAUAACAACCACUCCCAAAUCCCUCCACCGGAAUAUACACGAUCUUCACAUCAAGAUUUACGUGAAUCGCAGCUUAGUAUUCAUCAGCAAAGUCCCUUGAGAAGUCCUCCAAUGCAUCAUAAUGGUUUUGACAGUUCAUUACAGAGUAAUCAAAAUGGAAAUGGUGGCUACAAACCAGUACCUCCUCCAAAACCUAAAAAUUACAAGCCUCCUUAUAAGCAAAGUUAUCCAGGAGAUGGUAUGGUUCAAAGUCCUCCAGUGUAUCAACAUGGAAAGAGUCACAGUAAUCCGGUGGACCAAAGGAAUCAGAAUAUGAAUAUGAGCCAUCACAAUUACUAUUAUAACACACCACCUCAUAAUUAUCAUCCCGACCCUGCGAUGAGAUAUCAAGGUGGACAUUAUGAUAUGGCACCACCAUAUCAGGAAUCUCCAAGACGCCAUCCCAGCAUCUCAUAUGCUAGCCGAAGUGAAAUUACAUCUAUAAGCAAUAUGACUCAUCAACAUGACAAUCCAUAUGGAAUGGAACAUCACGGUGGUGACAUUUUAGAUUCAAGACCACCCGUUGUGGAUCUGCAAGGAUCCAGAGAACAAAGAGGCUCCGCAUUUGAACUUUAUCGAAAGCCUGUAGGUCACAACAUGAGGGGACCUCAUGAACAACCAGCUUUCUAUGGAUCGCAACCUAACAUAGCUCAACAAAUAAAACAAACUAACUCUCCCAAAACCAAAUCUAAACUAACAAAAGCUCAAUCAUUUAAACAAACAAAAUCUGAAGGCUUUAGUACUCCAAAGUUCUUUAGGAAAUUGUCCUUUAGGAGAAAGGACAAAAACAAAGAUAAAGAUAAAGAAAGGGAGGGUACACCAAAAACUAAUAGGAAAGUAAUUCAAGAAAAUAAAGUUAAUGAUGAUCAAAUUGCUAAAGACUAUAAAAGUCCUGAAUAUAAAAUGGUUCAAUAUAGUGACCAAAGUUACGAAGAAACGGAGAGUAUGUACAGAGAUAGGAAAAGUAUGUAUCAAGAUAGAGAAAGUUUAUAUCGAGAUAGGCAACAGUUUUAUCAUAAUAAAGAAUGUAUAUAUCAAAAUAAACAAAAAAUAUAUCAAGAUAGAGAGUCUUUAUACCAAGAUAAGCAAAAAAUAUAUCAAGAUAGAGAGUCUCUAUACAAAGACAAGCACAAAAUAUAUCAAGAUAGGGAAAGUUUGUAUCAAGACAAACAAAAGCUUUAUCAAGAUAGGGAGUCAUUGUAUAAAGAGAGGCUCAGGAUGUAUCCUGAUAAUAAAAUAUAUCAAGAUAGAAUAUCUGCUUUGCAAGAAAAACAACAAAUAUAUGACAGCAAACAAUCGUAUCCGGAUAAAAAGCUACUCUAUCAAGAUUUGCAAAAUGUCCGAGAGGAAGUUAAUAAAAUUAAUGACAAUAAUAAAGUUUAUCAAGAUUUUCGUGAAGUAAGUGAAGAGACCACAAGACUUAAAUUGCAAAGACAAGGUAGUUUUAGAGAUCAAACUAUUGAUAACAAGAAAUUACAAACAAACAAAAAAGAUGAGUCAGUUAGAACUCAAUUGCAACGAAACAACAGUCUUAGAGAUAGAAUGUAUCAAAGUUUUAGAGAAGUAAGGAAGGACAUGUCUAAAUUUCCAGAGAACAAUAGAUUAUAUCAAAGUUUGCGACAAGUGAGACAUGAUAUUAGUAACUUGCAAGAUAAUCAGAAAAUCUAUGAUGAUUUCCUAAAGUUACGUGAAGAAAUUAAAAAAGUACAAAGCGUUCCGGCAACGGAUCAGAACAGGAAUCCACAGAGUGAUAACAAAUUGUACCAAGACUUUCGAAAGUUGCGACAAGAGGUACGGAAGUUGCAAGAGAAUAAGAAAGUCGUGCAAGAUUCGGUCCACAAUUUAAAAGAUUUCACUAAAGCAAGUAAAAGAGACAUAACAUCCGCAUACGUUAGUGAUGCUGGAGCUAAACUAGUCAAUGAAUAUUGGGGCGUCUCUUUAGAUAUCCCCGAAGGCGCCAUCCCGAAGGGAGAAAGUCGAGAGAUCUAUUUCGUCGUAUCCGAUCCAAGACUAUGUAAUAACGGUAACAACUCAAAUGCUCCGCCACUGGAUUUGGAAAAUGGUGAGACUAUGCUGUCGCCACUAGUAAUGUGCGGACCCCAAGGUACCGAAUUUUUGAAGCCUGUGAUCCUUAAUAUUCCCCAUUAUGCUAACACUUUACCUAGUUUAGCCAUAUCACUGAAAGCAACCGACUCGGAACAAGAACUCUCCACUGAUUGGGAUAAUAUUCUUCUGCCUAGCAAUCAUGCUGCUAACACUGUAUCAGUAAAAGUAGAUCAUUUUUAAAAAAACUAUGUAAAUACAUUAUCGUUGUAAUAUGUUUGCUCAACAUUAUUAUAAAUAAUUUAUUGAAGGAUAAAUUAUUUGUAGUAGGUACAUAGAUCUUCUGUUGCCAUUUUAAAAAUUUGCUAUUUAUUGUAUACGCAUUAUCCAAAUUUUAAUAGUUUAGAAAAUUAAAUAAUUUUUUGACUGAAGUUUAGAAUCUCAUUUUUAUUGUUUUGUUCAAUUGAAUAAUGUACAUAUUUUAAAAUCAUUUGCAAUUCAUUUUGUGAUCUAUAUUUUAAAUAAGUAUUUUUAUUUAGUUUUAUCAUUUUGUAUCAAAAAUAUAUUAAAUGUAUUAAUAGAUAAUAUUAUAUAAGAAUUAUAUAACCAAUAUGUAGGUUAUUUAAGUUAAAAUUGCAUUUUAUAAAAUUUGUCUUAC